CUCCACAUCACGAGUGAAUGCUUCAGACGCGGGUUCAUAUUCCCGUGGUUCACAACUCUCGGAGAUGAGAACCAACAACAGGAAACAUUGACAUUUGAAAUGAAUAUCUUCUCCAGAACGUCUCCCUUCAUCAAGGUUACCACUUGGUUCUUCUCACCUCGGAUUUCGUGUCGCUUUGCCCAUACGAAUCAUCUAUCGUCAAGAAGAAAAUCAGGAUCCAUUAUAACCAGAUGUUGGCGAUUUUUCUACUUGUGACGGGUGGCGCUGCUACCCUGGCCUUAGCCCACACUCCGGGCAGCUGCAUGUACGAGGAAAUCCUUGGUACUUGGAUCUUCAGGGAGACAGAACGUACUGGUGAUCACACCCUUGACUGCCAGGAACUCGGCACCAUCGUCCACACCAAGACCUUUACCCUCAACUUUCCCGACACUGCCACGGAUGAGCUCGGUAACCGCGGCAGCUGGACCAUGAUCGCCAAUCAGGGCUUCGAGGUGAACAUCAACGAGCGCUCAUACUUCGCCUUCUCCUACUACGAGAGUGACGGGAACACAACAAUCUCGUACUGUGAUCGUACCAUGACGGGCUGGUCCAGGGACACCACCGUCAGGAACUGGUCCUGCUUCAGGGGCCACAAGACCUCCAAGGUGGCUCCUCGUGUUAGAGAGAUACAAGUGCUGAUGAGUGCUGAUGAGCGCUACAAGAACGACCACCAUCUCGUAGCCAAGAUCAAUGCCGCCCAGACCUCGUGGACGGCUAAGGUUUACCCGGAAUUUGAGAAGUACACCGUGGAGGAGAUGUAUCGUCGAGGUGGUGGCGUGAGACCCAUCGCCACCCACACCAGGCCCUUCCCUGCCCCUACCACACCCAGGCAAAAGGUUGUCAUCGCCAGUCUGCCGGAAAACUUUGAUUGGCGUAAUGCGAGCGGCGUGAACUACAUAUCAGAAGUGAGGGACCAAGGCUCUUGCGGCUCAUGUUACGCCUUCGCCUCCAUGGCCAACCUGGAGGCCCAAGUGAGGAUCACCACCCGCAACCGCCGCCAGGACGUAUUCUCUACGCAGGACAUUGUGUCAUGCACCUCGCUGGCCCAGGGAUGUAACGGUGGCUACGACUACCUCAUCGCUGGCCGCUACGGCCAGGACCAGGGGGUGGUGGCCGAGGACUGUAACCCUUAUACUGGCAAUGAGGACCCGUGCGCGACUAACACGUCGUGCGCCCGUAUGUACGUCAGUGAGUACGUGCAUGUCGGCGGGUACUAUGGAGCGUGCAACGAGGCAACCAUGUUGGAGGCCCUCGUCACUUCCGGUCCGGUUUCUGUGUCGUUCGAAGUGUAUGACGACUUCCGCCACUACACCGGCGGCAUCUACCAUCACACGGGCCUUACUAGGGACUUUCACCCCUUCGAGAUGACAAACCAUGUGGUGCUGGUGGUGGGCUACGGGAUAGAGGAAGGUACGGGAGAGGCGUUCUGGAUUGUGAAGAACUCGUGGGGCAAGACGUGGGGGGAAGAUGGCUUCUUCAGGAUCAGGCGAGGAAAUGAUGAGUGUGCCAUUGAGUCCUUGGCAGUUAAGGUGACCAUCAUACCUUAAGGUACAAUAGGAGUUGGGAAGGAAGGAAGGAGAGGAAGGAAAGGAAGGAAUUGAUGACGAGGAGAGUAAGGAGGAGGAGGAAUCUAUGUGUUGAUAUUCACGAAGAGGAGGAGGAGGAGGUGGAAUACACGUGUCGAAGAGUAGUGAGGAAAAACAGACAUGGAAGGGAAGGUGAAACCAAGAAAUUCUUGCUGGAGAGAAAGAUAACGGAAGAAGAGGCAUGGAGGACAGAAAGAUAACGGAGGAAGAGGCGAGGAGGGGAGAAAGAUAACGGAGGAAAAGGCGAGGAGGAGAGAAAGAUAUCGGAAGAAGGGUUGUGGAGGAGAGAAAGAUAUCGAAGGAAGAGGCGUGGAGCAGAGGAAGAUAACGGAGGAAGAGGCAUGAGGGAGGUUUCUUUUUAUUAACAAAUUUAUUGACAAAGCUUGGAGUACAGUUUGCCUAUUCUAAGUAGUUCAGUCAGGCCUUGACACUGAG